AUGGAGCUUAUACGCAACCCCCCACGAUAUGUCCUCACGAGCAUACUGUGCUCCUGCGGUGGGCUUCUGUUUGGAAUGGAUACCGGCAUCAUUGGGCCAGUGACCGUUAUGAAAACGUUUACCUCGCAGUUUGGGAGCCAGUCAGCCACCGUUCAUGGAUUGUUGGUGUCCUCUAUUCUGAUCCCCGCUGCUCUCUCCUCCUUCUUUGCGGGAUAUCUAGCAGAUAAAUUGGGGAGACCGAAGGGGAUUAGCAUUGGGGCUUUAAUAUUUUCCCUGGGUGCAGCACUAGAAGCCGCGGCAUUCCAUAUCUCCAUGUUUGUGGUGGGAAGUUACAUCUGCGAGAUAUCGCCGACCAGUAUCAGAGGCGCUCUAUCGACGGGGCCCCAAUUGCUCAUCACGCUGGGUUUGGUGGUGGGCUUUUUCACCUGCUACGGCACUGCUCGUAUUGAGAACUCCUUCUCAUGGCGUAUUCCGUUCUUGAUCCUGGCGUGUCUAUCGGCCGCUUUCUCGGUCGCUGCUUGGAUGUGGCUGGUCCCAUCACCAAGAUGGCUGACAGUCCAUGGCCGUCGAUCUGAAGCGACCGCAGCAUGGGAUCUACUAGGCGUCAGCCACGCAGAACGGGAAAAGGUCGAGAUUGAGCAAGACAGAAGUACUAAUCUUUGUAGUCAAAAUGCUCGAGAAGACCGCGCGAGCGUGGAACGGAUGGGUUCGGCCACGAGACAACAUGUGAAGUCAACCAAGGACAAACUUCUUGACAUAUUCUCGAAGGAUGUUCGAGCACGCACAGCUAUUGCUGUAUUUUUGAUGGGGAUGCAGCAACUCAGCGGCAUCGAUGGGUACGCGCCUUUGCUAUUUGAACAGGCUGGACUUGCAUCCGCCGAUGCCAGCUUCUUCGCCUCUGGUGUCUCAGCCAUCUUGAUCUUUGCCGUGACUAUCCCGGCUCUCAUCUGGGCCGACAAAUGGGGCCGUCGGCAUAGCAUUAUCUAUGGCGGAAUUGGACUUAGUGCAACUAUGUUCUUGAUGGGGGCCCUCUAUGCAGGUAACGUGGUACAUAGCUCAUCUGGUGCAGGUCGCUGGGUGGUGAUCGUUUCGAUUUACCUAUUUGCGGUGAUCUUUUCUCUUAGCUGGGCUGUCGGUAUUAAGGUCUAUGCAGCGGAAAUUCAACCGCAACGAACACGUGCAUCAGCUACCAGUCUAGCUCAUGGAAGUAACUGGGUGACCAACUUUUUGGUGGCUUUGACAACUCCAAUUCUACUGUCUAAAAGCAGCUUCGCUGCUUAUUUUCUUUUUGGGGGGUGCUCACUGGUCACGGUUUUCUUCUGUGCAUUUAUCAUGCCAGAAACCAAGGGACGGUCACUGGAUGAGAUCGAAGAGGCAUUCAAAUCGAAGUCCCUUGGGUCACAGACUUUGGCCAAGGUCCUCCGUCCGCUGAGUAGGGUUGAUUCUUAG